AUGGCUUUCAUGAAUACCACCUCCAGCAUUGCUAUGGCCCUUGCUGGCAAGACGGCCUCUGUCGAUAUCCCCAAGCCACGCUCCGGUUUCACCCCGGGCGGUCGUGACUCCGCUCGUCCGGGGCAUCCUGCCAUGUUGCCUACUCCGCCCAACUCCAUUUCCCCCACUUUGCCUCCGCAGGGCUUCAGACGCCAGGGCGCUAAUCACCCUGGAUACUCCCCGCUGAGCUCCUCGCAUGUGGAGUCCGAUGUUGAGCUCGGAGAUGCCGCCGAUCAUACGAACAACUCGAAUGAAGCUCGUCCGUCGGCUCAUGAUCUAGAUAGCACCGGGGUUAUCACGCCGGGCAUGUUGGCCAAGUGCCAUCUCCCGGAAAUUAUGCUGCAACAUGGCCCUUUGGCUAUUCGCCACCUGAUGGGUUAUUUGACUACCAGUGUGCCGGGUUUCUCAGGCAUCCCACCUGCCAAAGCCCGCAGGCUGGUGGUCGCUGCGCUGGAAGGCCGAGGGAGCGAAGACAAGAGUGGCGGCCGUGAUGGUGAUGUUAUCUUCGAAAAGGUCGGCUGGGGACGCUGGGAUGCUCGCCGUCGUGGUGAGCCUUUACGGGAUGCGCAACACCUCAACGUGUCGCCACCCGCCAGUAUCUCCAACUCUUUCCCGCAACGGGGCAUGCAGAUCCCUACGAAGCGGGGAAGCGUUCAGCCCUAUGGCAGUAGCGUUACUGGCGACUCCGCUGUCUUCUCUUACUCGGAGAUGGACUACGGUGGACAUGAUAUCAGCAUGCUGGAACAUGAGGCUGACAAGAUGUCACUCGACGGAAACGAGCGCGAGUACUGCUCGUCGUCUGAGGCCCCGGACGACGAGAUGCAGGACGAAGACUGGGGCGAAGAAGAUAUCACAGAUGAGGAAGAUUGGGCACAGAUAGGUGCUGAUGCGCUUCGCGCACGAUCAUUGAACGCCUCGGGAGGCUUCGUGAAUGGGACCCAUAACUCGCCACAACUGCGAGGCGGAGGACCUGCUGCGUCGUCGCUGGCGAAGUCUGCACCGCGCAGAUUACCGGUUCAACAACACGGCUUUACCCUCCCGGAGGGUGUCAUGGGUGACCGCGAGGAGCGUGCUGCAGUCGAGGCGCUCCUCCGACUCGGAUCAAUGUAA